CCCAGGCCCCCGGGCCAUGAUCGCCGUCUCUAUCCCAGCGGCGGAACCCGCGGCGGCUUCGCGCAGCCCCGACAGGGCACACACGGUGUUCCGGGUGGAGGUGCUGUGCGAUGGCCGGCGGCACACGGUGACCAAGCGCUACAGCGAGUUCCAGGCACUACACAAGCGGAUCAAGAAGACCUGCAAGGUGCCCGACUUCCCCCCACGCCAUGUCCCCCACUGGAUGCCCAAAGCACUGGAGCAGCGCCGGCAGGGCCUGGAGCUCUACCUGCGGGGUGUCCUGUACCACAACAAGGAGCUGCCCCAGGAUGUGCUGGACUUCCUGAAGGUGCGGCGGUGCCAGCAAGACCCCAAGGCCGGCAGCCCCUCCAGACUCCUGCCUUCCCAGCGCCCUGUCAUCGGCUUCUGCUCUGAUCCAUACGUGGGGCCAGGUGACACUGAUCUGCUCCCCAACACCGUCCUCACCGGGGUCCUGCAAGGCCUUUACCUCCCUCCAAGCUGCACCCCCAGCCAGGCAGUGCCUUGAGCCCCUGGAAUGCCAGGCUCCCAGGCACCCACCCAGCUCCCAGGGCUGCAGUGGUGAGGAAAAGAUCCUCACCUGUGGUGAAAAUGACUCCUCCCCACUGGACUGGGGCAGGAAAACUGGGUGGGAGAACCCAAGGGGACAGUGGGAGCCACAGCUGCUCUCCCCCCACCAUCCAAAGUGCCUUUUCUGAGAGAGUAGGAGCUCUGCCUUCUUCCCAAUAUUUUGGGGUUGUGGUUGGAGCCUUUGGAUGCUGAACCAUGCUGGAAAACCCCUCUGCAUCUGGCUUUGGUACAAUAAAUCUCUUGGAUUUCACUGCCUGGCAAA